AUGGGAUGCCCCCAGGGCUCUCCACUAAGCCCCUUACUAUGGAAUAUGUUACUAUCAGGAUUACUAGAAAGAACCUUUCCGAAUCACAUAUAUCUACAAGCGUUUGCAGAUGACAUCGUAGUUGUCAUAGAAGGGAACUCAAGAAGAGAAUUAGAAGAAAGAACUAUCGAAAUACUGCAAGAAAUAGGACAGUGGACAUCCGAACGUAAGCUAUAUUUGAACUACUCGAAAUGUAAAUGUCUAAUAAUAACUAGAGGAGAACUAUAUAAAAAAAGACCCCCAAUAAUAAAAUUUCACGAUCAUAAGUUAGAAAUAGUGAAACAACUUAAAAUUUUAGGAGUCAUUUAUGACUCACAUUUAACCUUCUUACCACACCUUCAAUAUAUAAAACAGAAAGUUCAAAUCCAUACAGCCAACAUCUCAAAAAUAUACUCAACAAAUUGGGGUAUCACAUCAAGCCAACUACGGGAAAUAUACUUACGAAGCAUAGAAAGAUAUAUAGUGUAUGGAUCACCCGCGUGGUGGAGACCAUCAGGAAAUUCACAUAUGUUAAGACAACUGCAAUCCAUACAAAGGUUACCAUUACUUAAAAUAGCAAGAGCGUUCCGCACAGUUUCUAACAUAAGCCUGCCUAUACUAUGUAAUAUCAUCCCAAUCAACAUUACUCUUGACGUAGAAUCAUUUAUGUUUAAUGUCUUCCAACUUAAGAUACCCGCCCAAUUCGAUAGCUUUAGUAUCUCCCCCACAGAGGUAUCGUAUUUUAUAGAUCUUUGGAAAACUCAUCCAACAAAGAGAUUCAAUAUAUCAUUCCAAAGAAUCAAGUCUAUUACUGUAUCUCAAAUAACCAACGUCAUAUCACUCUAUACAGAUGGUUCAGUGUACUUAGAUCAGGUGGGAGCAGCAUUCGUUAUUCUGAAAAACAAUGGAAGAAUUAUAAAAAUAGGAAAAUAUCGCUUACCAAAACACAGUACAAUAUUCGAUGCAGAGGCUAUUGCCAUAUUAAAAGCCCUUGAUUAUAUUCUUGCAACAAGAGAUGGACUACAUUGUAACAUAUACACCGACAGCCUAUCAGUCCUACAAGCAUUGGCAAAUCCAAACAAUUUGUCUCAGUGCAUGGUCAAGGCCCUGGCACAGUUUAAGAAGUCCUGUUUUGUCGGGAAGUCGGGUGAGGUCCUAAAGCGACCUCCAGAGGCUCACGUGCUGCUCCAUCUGCGUGAAGCGUUCUUCAAUCGAUAUAUUUAUGGUGCCAAUCAUCUCGUAGAAGAACUCUCGCUUAAAUUUUGUCUUGACAUCAUCAACCUCGUAUUGGCACUCAUAACUGAAUUGGCGCUUUUUACGCCUUAG